AUGGAGAUUGGCUCGUGUAGUACAGGUGAAUCGACGACAAUUGUAGUAGAAGGACAUACCGAUCUUUUCAUCUCUGACUGUGAUGCUAAGGAAAAACCAUUUGAGGAGCAGAUUUUCGAUCUUCAACAAGCUGAGAAGCUUUAUGAGGAUUACGCAAAAGUCUAUGGUUUUAUUUCUCGUAAGGCAACCAUCAACAGAGCUGACGAUGGGUCCAUAAGUACUCGAUAUAUGCUUUGUAACAGAGAAGGUGCUCCUAACCAUGGUGAUUCGUUAAUUUUGGUCGAGGGUAACGGAGAAAAUAGGAAACGUAAGAGAACAUCAUUCAAGGUUGGUUGCAAGGCUCUUAUCAUAUUUAAGGCAAUGUCUUAUGGUUGUUUUAGGGUUGGAACCUUCAUUGAGGGUCAUAACCAUAAGAUGGUGUCUGAAACUAGUCGUCAUUUUAUGUCGAGCAAUAGGCAAGUUCAUGAAGUUCACCAGUAUUUUAUUCACGCGGGUAUUAGAGCCAACAUUGGACCAACUAAAACAUUUUGCAUUUUUAAAGAGAUUGUUCGUGAUUAUGAUAAGGUUGGUUGCACUAGUAUUGAUUUCAAGAACUAUGGUCGAGACUUGAAGGUCUAUGUCGCUAGUUCGGAUGCCCAUAUGUUGCUUGAAACAUUUAAGGAUAGGAAGGAGCUUUGUGAUGGAUUUCAAUAUUUUUACGACGUUGAUGAGGAAAAUCAGCUGAGCCGCCUUCUCUGGACAGAUAAACAAGCUGUGAUUAACUUAAAAAAUUUUGGAGAGGCUGUGUCUUUUGAUGCAACAUACAACACCAACAAGUUUAAGUUUUUUAUCGUGUUGAUUCGGUACAAAAUGAUUUUUACUCAGUUUACUGGUAGGGACAACCACGGUAAAUGUGUGUCGUUUGGUGCGGCAAUCAUAUCACAUGAAGACAUGGAUUCAUAUGCGUGGGUUUUCAGCAAGUUUACGGAGUGUGUUAGGAAUGCUCCUCGUGUGUUUAUGACUGACCAAGAUCCUGGGUUGAAGAAGGCCGUUGCUCUUGUUUGGCCCGAAACACAUCAUAGGUUUUGCAUGUGGCACAUCACGAUGAAGGUUGUGGAGAAAUUGCCAUUUAAUUUCAGGGACGAUUCUGAUUUCAAGUCGAAGUGGUUCUCUUCACUGUAUGAGGAUCAUGCUCUAUGGAUUCCUGCAUAUUUUCGUGACAUCAGUAUGAGUGGGCUGUUUUGCACCACUUCCUUGUCUGAGAGUGAGAAUAGCUAUUUUAAACGCUUCCUUAGUAAGUUUUCUGAUCUAGUUGUGUUGUUUAUGAAUUAUAACAGCGCUUUUGAUUCCCAACGAGAUACAUGUCAGAGGUUAAAUUAUGAGGAUGAGACUGGUGUUCUCCCCAUGCUUACAACGAUGGCAAUCGAGAAACAUGCCUCUACAUUAUAUACCAUCUCAAUUUUCAAGGAGGUCCAGGAGGAGAUUGUAUCUGCUUUUUCAACAUGCAUGAUGGCAAAGAUGGAGGAUAACACAUUCGUAGUUGAUGACAAUGUUGACAGCGAAUUCACAAUUGUGCAUGAUACAAUUACCGAUUCUUUGACCUGCAAGUGCAACUUGUUCACCAGGAAAGAUUCUUCUGCAACCAAAGUAAUUGGUAAGCAUGAUCUAUUCCAUGUUUUCAGCAAAUGUAUUGGUCAUGUUUCCGGGGAUCAAGAUUUGAUGAAACAGUUGCUAGGUGAAUUAAGUGAAGUUGAGAACAAGUUUGCUAAGCUUCAUAACGAAAAUGCAACGCGAAAUUCCAAGGAUGUUAUAUUCCAAGAGUUUUAUGGGUCUGUACGACCUGAGGUUCCUACAGUGCUUUCUCCUGCUUUUGCUAAAACCAAAGGUAGUGGAGUCGGUGGUCACAGGAAAUCCGACAAGAAGAAGGCAAUGAUUUUAGCUCAAAAGCCUCUACGCAACUGCAAAAGAUGCAAUACCAUGGGACACCACGACUCUCGGAAUUGUCCUACCAAGGCAGUUGUUAACCCAUGA